UGCCCCCCGCGGGACGCCGGCGCCAAACUCGAAGCGCAAGAUGGCGGCGGAGAGCCUCUUCAGCCACUUGGUGCCGGUGCAAGUGAAGGGACAGGGCUGCGACGAGAGGCGGAUAAAUGUUCGUGUCAGUAUUGAACUGCAAUCUACAACAAAUCCCAUUCAAAGGAAGGAUUUAGUUGUUCGGCUAACUGAAGAUUCUGAUCCCUUUUUUCUAUAUAAUCUUGUUAUUUCCGAAGAAGAUUUUCAAAGCUUAAAACUCCAGCAGAGUCUUCUGGUAGACUUUUCUGCUUUUCCUCAGAGAUUUAUAGAUCUUCUCCAGCACUGUAUCCAAGAACAAAAUAAAGACAUUCCAAGGUUUUUGCUACAGCUGAUUGCUUCAGGAUCAAGUUUAGAUCAUGGUCCAUCUUUUUUAAAUGUGAUUGAGACAAAUCCAUUUAAACAUCUUACCCACUUGUCCCUAAAAUUUUUACCAGGAAAUGAUACAGAAGUCAAGAAGUUCUUGGCAACUUGUCUGAAAUAUAUUAAGGAAGAAAAAUUGCAGCUGGAACAAAAACUUAUCAAAACAGAAGAGGACCUGAAGAGACAGUUGAGCUAUACACAACAGAGUUUAUCAGAAAAGAGCAGGGAGUUGGACAAGUUAAGAAAUGAAUGGACAUCCAGAACAGCGUCACUAACCAACAAACAUAAUCAGGAGCUGGCAUAUGAAAAGGAAAAAGCUCUGCAGACGCAAGUACAAUAUCAACAACAGAAUGAGCAACAGAAAAGGGAUUUGGAAAGCUUGCAUCAGAAAACUGUCCUGCAGCUGCAGACCAGGUUGAACGAGGUGGAAAGUGCCAAUAAAGAGCUGAUGGAAAAGAGAUACAAAGGAGAUUCCACAGUCAGAGAACUUAAAGCAAAACUGUCUGGCAUAGAAGAUGAAUGCCAAAGAGCAAAGCAAGAAGUUUUGUCACUACGUCGAGAAAAUGCUGCCCUAGAUGCUGAAUGUCAUGAAAAGGAGAAACAAGUGAAUCAACUCCAGAUGCGAGUCGCUGUUUUGGAACAGGAAAUCAAAGAUAAGGACCAGCUAGUUAUGAAGACCAGAGAAGUAUUGGAUGUAACCCAAGAACAAAAGGCAAGCCUGGAAGAAAACAUCGAAAAGAAACAAAUCGAAAUAGGAAAAUUAGAAGGAACCCUGAAGUCUUUAUCUUCUGAACUCCUUAAGGCAAAUGAAAUAAUAAAGAAAUUGCAAGGAGAUGUCAAAACUUUAAUGAGCAAGUUAAAACUGAAAAAUACAGUAACAAUUCAGCAAGAAAAACUUUUGGCUGAAAAAGAAGAAAAACUGCAGAAGGAGCACAAGGAGCUACAAAAGACAGAAAGUUCUCUUCGAGAAAAAGAUCAAGAGGUGUGCAAAUUACAGGAGCAAUUAGAAACGACUGUGCAGAAACUAGAAGAAAGCAAACAGCUUCUCAAAACAAAUGAAAAUGUCAUCACAUGGCUAAACAAGCAAUUGAAUGAAAUUCAACUGACAAGAAAGCAAGAUGUGUUAGGAACAUCUACCUCUCCUAGCAACAUCACUUCAAGAACGGGCAGUUCUCCUCUUAGCAUGGUUGACAGUAGGAUCCCCUUUCUCGGCUCAGGACUGAGCUAUCCCAUCUCCCCAUUGCUACCUUUUCAAAGCUACCCAGACACAGCAUUUGCCAAAAACACCAGUCAGCAAACUUCAGGAAUGAAGCAGGUUCAGUUCAAUAUGCAGCUUUCAGAAAAUAACAGAUGUCCAGAUCCACAGCCAGGAAUUCCUGUGUUGGGGAAUACAAAUAAAGAAAAUGGCGAAAACCUGGGAUUGGAUGCAAAGUAUCUGAAGAAAAGGGAAGACAGUAUUCCUUUGCGUGGGCUCAGUCAAAAUACUUCUCACAACCCAGGGCAACCAAAGUCAACUGCACUGAAAAAAACACAGAUACCCUCCAAACCUGUAGCUCCUCCCAGAGCUUCUGCUUAUUUUCCAGGGUAACAGAUAACAUAUUUGGCUAUAAUAAAUGUAUUACGAGCAGUUGUACAUUAGCUAAAGUAUGCCAACAUUAAAUUUCAAGCAAUUAAGCACUGUGAUUAUUCUCUACAAUUUAAUAUAAAGAAGCUAGUGUUUACCUGAAAUGUUUAAACUGUCAUUUUUAUGCAAAUAAUUAGCGUCCCAACCCUGACUUCAAAAAUAUGGAUUAUAAUUAACUAUUAAGUAAUAAGCAGCCAUUGAACUUGUGUACUUGAGUAUAUAAUCUUACUCCUGAUAUCCAUUGUGAAAGAUGCCAUCAAGAAAGGUUUACUGUUUUUCUUGCUUGUGCCAGAGACAAGUGAAGGAGUUCAAGGAAUAAAGAACUCACCUUUCUCUUUCUCCCUAUAAGCUAGUUCUGUUAGGCUCCUGAACUAAAUAUUUGUAAUUCCUAGUUAAUGGGUCUGUUCAAUAAUAUGGUGUAACACUGCAUUAUUGUCCACUGAUUGCAAAGACACCCGGGUAUUUGCAGGUAUGGUUUAUUUUGUCUCUUAUCAAAGAGUAAUAUCUAGUUUUCUCUAACGCUGAAGAAGCAUUACUUAAGAAUGACUGAGUUUGAGCUUUAAAAUGUCAAAAAUAAAGCACUUAAAAAGGUAUGGAUGUGUGGCUGUUGAGACGGUUCGAUUGCAGCCCCCAUCAGGUCUAGCCAGCAAAGCCUGUAGAGAGGAAUGCUGCUUGGUUGGUCCAGUAAUAUAGAUAGGAGUGUAUGUUCGUCAUUCCUGCCAGAUAUUCCUAAUGUGUUUGCACUUGCUAUUUUUGCUGAAUUUAGACAGUUCACUGCAGAAUUUUAAAAGUCUUUUUAGCAUUUAACUUUGAUAAAUAUAACCUAUUACACAUUCUGCAUGGAGAAAUGGUCUGCAUUAUAAUACUGAGGAGUCGAGCAUUCAAAUCAUAGGACAAUAUAAAUUUUGCUGCCAAUCAAAAGUCUUGUUUUUAACCCGCGUGUCUUUUAAGAGAUAGAGGAAUUGGAGAUUAUGCCCCUACGCUCUAUUUUAAACUGUUUACAGUCCUUUAAGACAUUCUGUACAGAGCGCUGGAUUCUGUUUUGCACCUGGCAGUUUCACUCUUGCUGUAUCUGAAGCAAUGUCCAGUAUUUCCUUUCUGUCCCUUAAGAGGUUGCUCCUGAGAACGGAGACCCUCUGGAGUACCAUGUGAGGAGGCACCAGUGGCUGGAAGAAGGAAAUGUGGAAAUCUGCAAUGAUUAUAACCUUCCCGCCUUCUCCAGCAAGAGGCCUAAUAGAUUGUGACUUCCUUUAUGAAUGUAAAGCCCCCUUUCCGUGCCUGGAUCCCACCUACUGAACCCUUGAGCGUGGAAAUCAAUUUGUAGGGUGUGGGUUUGGACUUGCAUUGAAAUCAGUGAAGAUUUGAGCACAUUUUAACUCUGCUUUGUAUCUGUGGAAUUUCAAAAUGAGGUUGGCUGUAAAACGUCCAUAGAUGUUGCCACAUAAUUCCCAUUCAUUUUAGUAGAGCCUGAUGUCGCUCAUGCUCUGUUCUUCAAAUUCUGUAUUAAGAUUUUGUCAAGUGUGUUGUUUUGAUGACUCUCGGGUUUCUGCAUUGGUUUAAAAGGUGAAUUUCUUUAGCUGUUUUAAAUCAUUUCAGGUAUUUUAUAGGCAGAUUGUACAAAAUCGUAAUAACUCUCCUGUUGGAUAGACAGGUGAAAAUUCUCCUGCAUGUUGUUUGAAGUGUGUAAAUAUAAAUGAAAUCUUUUGAACAUGUACAGUUGAAUCAUUCUUUGCAGUGUAAAAGUUGUACAUUUGUCUAUAAUCAGAAUGAUGUGCUCAUAUUUAUAUCUAAAUACUCUUGUUUGUACAUUUUCAAAUAAAAGUAAAUAUUCAUCUGUAGUCUUAA